CAAACAUGGCUGCCUACUGUCUACCAGAUGUAUUUUUAUUUAUGUUUCGUUUAUUGUCAGCUUCAAGACAGGUAAAGGAAAAAGGCGUAAUUCUUCGAAGCUUUAGUGAAACACAACUUAAUUAACGGAGUCUUUAUAAUCUCGGUUGAAACCGACAGCAAAACUGUCCUUACAUUUUCACUGAUCAAAGUCUUGGAUUGAUUUGACUCUUGUUAGCGUGUUAAGCUAGCUAAACAACACAGCUGCGAGCUCAGCGUAUAUCCUGCCGUUAGUAGCCGCUAUGUUUAGCCCCGUGAAGUCUUCUUAUUUCAGAGUUAGCCCGGCCAUCGUCAACAGAGAACUCGGCAAGACUAAGAUGAGAUAGCGAGAGGGCACGGGAGAGUGCUAACACACGGACCGCGACGAGGCCGAGCACCGGCGAAACCGAGAGACACCCGAGUAAAUAAAGUCACGCAGCAUGUUUGGGAAUCUUUUCGAGGAAGACGAGGAGGAAGGCGUCUCCUCUGCUUCCCCCAAAGGAAGAGUUGCGAAGGGGGGCGAUGAGCCACCUUUACCCCGAGGAAGAAGCAAUCUGUGCGGCAUCAAGAACCAGGGCGGGACUUGCUACCUCAACUCUCUGCUCCAGACGCUGCUGUUCACGCCAGAGUUCAGAGAGGAGCUGUUCAGUUUAGGGCCAGAGGAAAUAGGAUGCUUGGGAGAUAGAGAUAAACCAGACUCCAAAGUCAGAGUGAUCCCACUGCAGCUCCAGAGGCUGUUUGCCAGUCUGUUGUUGGUGGACCAGCAGAGCGCCUCCACAGCAGACCUCACCGACAGCUUUGGCUGGAACAGCAGCGAGGGGACAAAUCAGCAUGAUGUUCAGGAACUGAACAGGAUUUUGUUCAGUGCAUUGGAGCACUCUCUUGUGGGCACCGGCGGUAGUACAUUUAUCCAGCGGCUCUACCAUGGGACUAUUGCAAACAGCAUUGUGUGCAAGGAGUGUGGAAACAUCAGUCAGCGUCAGGAGGACUUCCUGGACCUGACUGUGUGUGUUUGUGGAGUGUCUAGUCUGGAGGAGGCUUUGUGGAACAUGUUUGUAGAAGAAGAGAUGUUUGAGGGCAAUAACCUGUACCGCUGUGCACAGUGUGACAGGCUGGUCACCGCAGCCAAGUCUGCAAAGCUGCAGAAGCUCCCUCCAUUUUUGACCAUGUCGUUGCUGAGAUUCAGCUUUGACUUCGCUAAAUGUGAGCGAUACAAGGAGACGGGACGAUAUAGCUUCCCCCUCACCAUCAACUUACGGCCAUUUUGUGAACAGACCAAAGGAGAUGAUUCUGAUUACUUCUAUGAGCUGUUUUCUGUGAUUAUCCACAAGGGUGGCUGUUAUGGUGGCCAUUACCAUGUUUACAUCAGGGAUAUCGACCAGCUUGGUCAUUGGGAGCCAUCGGAGGAGGAUUGCAAACCUAAGACUCAGAAGAAAGUCAAGUUGGAGGUCAAGGAAGCUUGUGAGCCUAAACUACAAGCAGAUGAUCCUCUGUCUGUCCUCGCUGCCAUCAUUUCUCAGGAGUCCUCAAAGAGUGUUCUGGUGGACCAGCUGGGCCAGAAACUCAUGGAUAAGAUUGGGUCAUCCUGGAACAAGAAGUUCAGAAAACACUAUGGUCCCAUAGGAAAGUUCCUGCAUUCCCACAAUGAUGUUUUCAUAUUGGUGUCCAAUGGUACUCGAGUAGCACUGAAGGCCGACCCACCGAGUUCUGUGACUGAGCCUCCUGUCCCACGAGAACAGACCAAUAACGCUGAUUCAUCGGCAGCUUCGGAACCAGAACCUUUUGAGCAACAUGCUGGACCAGACCAAAGACCAGAGCCUGUGAAAGAGCAGGGUAGCCACUGGUUUGAUCUUAACGACUCCACAGUGACCCCCAUCAGGGAGUCUGACAUAGAGAAGCAGUUCCAGGGCAAAGAGAGUGCAUACAUGCUGUUCUACAGAAAAACACAGCUGCACAGGCCAGGCGAAGCUCUGAAUAACCCCCAAUAUAAAGUUCCUUCUCACCUUGUCCAGUUGGCUCAGGAGGAGAACAUCAAACUGCAACAGAUGCGGGAUAAGUUUGAAGCCACCAAUAAUACGGUGCAGCUGCGCCUGCACCUGGCGCCCAGUUACCGGCUGGAGAACGGAGCCUUGCAGCCUGCCAACAAGGGGCUGAACGAGAGCACAGCCCUCAGUUUUGACCGUAGGAAGACCGUGGGAGACCUGCGAUUAACCAUUUAUCAGAUGCAGGAAUUCUGGGAAGGAGACAUGGCUUUGACUGUGGCCAGGAACCUUCCUGCAGGUCUACACCUCUACAAUACUCUUAUAGAUGACAGUGUCUCUCUGUAUAGUGCAGGCAUCUACACAAACUCUGACUUGUUUGUGUGGAAUGGCAAGGAGGUGUGUGGUGCCACUAUCCUAACUGGAGCUGAGUGGGAGCCAGUCCUGCUGACUGUGGUCCGCCCCUUUUUGGGGGAUGAUGGGGCGAAGGAGACGGGUGAUGUGGUGGCUGGUGAGGAUGAGGGAGGCGCUUUGGAAAAUGGGGGACCCGGGCUUAAAAGUGAAUCACGAGGGUUCGCAGGUGGUGCAACUCUUGGGGAGGUUAAGGAAGCGCUCGGGGAGCCUAAAGAGAGUGUUCUGUGCCAAAAGAGAGGACAACAGGGAGCAGAGGAGGGAGGAGGGGCAAGUGGUUGGAGGGUGUUCCCCCCCGAUGACAUGCACCGGACACUGAAGGAGCUGUCAUUAAAAGAUGGCGACGCACUGUUGGUGCUGGAGCCACAGUCGUUUGACAGCAGUGUGUUCACUCUAAACGGAGACGUCGUCACCGUGACUACACCGUCUGACUGCCGCUGGCUUCAGGUGGAGUUUCGACCACAUGAAGGGGGAGGAGGUAAAGGGGAGAAACAGGAGGAGAGGAGGAAAAUCAAGGUUCCAGCCACAGGGAACAUGCUGCUGUGUGAAGUGAAACAAAGGGCCAUAGAGGAGCUGCAGCUACAGGAGGAACCAGGUGCACCGUACUGUCUAAGACAGGUGGACUGCACAGGGAAACUCCUUCCUCCAGUGUGCGAAGAGCUGAGCAUCCGGGAAGCAGGGGUGAGACUUAUGACGACACUCACCCUCUGUCCUGGAAAUGCCCCCAAGGCUUCACAGCUUUUCCUGCACUUUUCUGUGGGCACAGCGCCCUCUGCUGGCAUGGAGAUGGGCAUAAUCCUGGAGAGGGCUUGUUCCGUUAAAGAGUGUUUGAAGUCAAUGUUGGAAUCUGUUGGACUUGAUGGCACCUGUUGGCACUUGAGAAGGCUUGAUUGGUGUGAGGAGGUUGGGGAGCCAUUAAUGGAUGAAGAUGCUUCUCUGUCAGAGCUCAAGAUCAUCAGUGGGGAGACGCUGGUGAUCACAGAAGGACACCUGCCUCCAAAGGGUUUCCUCAAGCUGUCUGUGUGGCUGUAUCUGGACCCCAAAAUCACGGAAACAUAUUUAAAUUGUGUUGAAAGCCGCAACACUGAUGAGCAGCUGGAGGGUGCUGUAACUGCAGAUGGAAUGAGUCAUUCGCCUAAUCUGUGCGGUAACGGGACCGAGCUGAUCAGCGUGGGGCAGGUGGAGAUAUCAGAUGAAGCCACUCUGGAGGAGCUCAAGUCUCAGGUGUUGACGCUUCCUGCUCUCCAAAAUGUUUGUGUGCCAACCACAGCGUUCUUACGUGUGUGGCAGCUGGAGGGGCAGAGGCUGGCGCGAAUCCUCAGAGGACAGCAAGUCACCCUGAGGAAACUAAAGCUCACCAGUGGAACAGACGUGUGCGUGCAGCAACUGCUUAAAGAGGAAGAUCUAGGCCCUAAGGAGGUGUUGCUUCAUGUUAAGAUGGGCGUGCCGGGAGAGCGGAGUUACUACCCUCCAGAGGAACUGGUUUGGGAUGCUUCCCGUGACUCUUCCCCUCGUUCUCUCCGCACCUACGUGGCUGCACAUUACGGGCUCUCCCCCGACUCUCUGUUGUUGGCUAAACACCAGCCAGACAAACACAUCUGGGAAGAAAUCUCAAACUGGAGUCAGCAAGUGUCCAAAAAGAAGAAGAAGAAAAAGGCAGAAUCACUCCUGGGAGCACCACUUCACAUCAAAGAUGGCGACACAAUAGGCAUCAAGAAUCUUCUGAUUGACAACAACAGAAACUUCAUCACCCUGCAGGAUGAGCAGGGUCAACAGAGGCUCAGAGAGCAGGCAGAGCAGCACAAGAAAAGGGACCGAGCUGCGCCCUCUGACGCUGCUGGACUACAGAAAAAGGCUGGACAGCCCAAGACGAGGAAACCAGAGGUGGCUCUGUCUAUCAACGUUGGGGUAUUCAGAUAGCACUCCGCUCCCUCGGGUGCACGGACACACAAGGACACUACAGUAAACACACGCUGCGCUGAAGUUAAGACAAUCUGAUACAAUCUGUAUCAGCCUUGUGCCAGUUGAUUUUCUUUUUCUUUUUUAUACCUGAACCUGCCCGGUUUGCUCUUGACAGAUUGAGAAGGAGGCACUUUGCUUUGCUGUUUUGUAACAACUAAUGAAAUGAAUUAUUUCUAUGCAAUAUUAAUGGUUAUUAUAUGUUUAUUAGGUUACAUGAUUUUCUUGCUUUCCGUUUACACAAGGUCUCAAAAAACUGCCACAUACUGUAAACCCUUUUAGUAAUUAGUUUUUGAGAGUUGAUAGUUGAGACCCCGAUGCCCUGAGGGAUUUUCUUUUUUUUUUGGGUGAGGCUCAGUAACAGUGUUGUAACAUUUUUGAGAGCAAACCACUAUUAAGAGCCUGUGGCACCAAAUGGGAGCAAACUGGAGUUCCAGGCUCAAAUAGUGUUAUUAAACCACAGUCGCCAGUUACCGUUUGUCUUCAAGGUAAGUCAUGUAAUACACGCAUUGCUGUUGAUCAUGAGCUGUACAAAUGAUUUCUUUUAAUUCAAUGGGCGAGAGGAGAGACAGGCCUUAACAUGGAGAAGCCUCAGCGCUGCCGUCUCCCCUACCUCACCCUCUACCUCUCUGACUCUACCUCUGUCUUUUCCCUCACAGUUGUUGCAGUGAUUUUUUUUUCCAUACUUUGAACUGUUGCUAUAUUACAGAUAAGUAUAGUUAAAGUAUUUAGACAUGUUGUUGGUGUAACCACACUCAUCAGUGCUUUAAUUAGAUCUGACCAUCUUGAUCUGUCAUUACACAUUCAGUACAGCUGUGUGAAGCAGAAGCAUCUUGUUCUAUAACCAUUCAAUAUAUGAUGCUAAACGGAGGCUAAAUGUGGCUCUGGGUAUAUACUGUAAAACAGCACAUUCAAAUUCUUCGUCCCUAUGAGAGUUAUGUAAAAAAGGGAUUCUCUGUUUUCAUUUAAGAUAUUGUUUGCAUGCACAUAUGAAGUUCAGGGAAGUAAAAAUGAUUUUUUAGAUCAUUUAUUUCAAAGGAAAUAAGUAAUUACUAUAUGAAUUGUGAAGAGUAGAGUUUUCUUUGCUACUGUUAAUCUGCCAAGAAUGUUUUGGGUUUUUGUUUGCAAGUUUGAAUUGAUUCUUUGUUACUUUUCUUUAUUAAAUAAACUCAAUCGUGGAAUAGAAUUUUGUAUUAUAACAAUGUGACGAUAUUGAUUUUUGUUGUUACUAAAAUACACUGCUCUACUGUAUUAUGGCAGUGGACAUCUGAUUGUAUCUGCUCAUAGUAUUUUAUAACAAUAAAGGUAUACUGUAGUAA